UGCAUGUAGCCGACGUCGACAAAAACUAAAUAGAUCCCAGUUGGCACUGCAUGUUCGACACAAAGUAGAGAAAUACACUAAUUAACAGAACACCAAUUAGAAAUUUACUAUUGUAAGUGCAUCAGCAAGCAGACGUUUUAGCCAGCCGCUAGCAACUUCCUAGUUUUGCCCCCACACACCCAACGAGCGAUAUAAUAUAAAUAAGCGCGUUUCGAGAGCAGGUUUUGCAUUUGAAGCAAAACAGUGCUCGGCACACGUGCAACGCAAUUAAAGUCGGGUUCCAGUAACAAAAAAGAAAGAAAAAAAAGACGGCAACACAGAGUCUGAGUCAGAGUAGAAUGUCUCAACAACCUGUGGCAUUUCUGACGCGCCGCGAAACGUUCAGCGCUUGUCAUCGCCUGCACAGUCCUCAACUAAGCGAUGCUGAAAAUUUGGAGGUAUUCGGCAAAUGCAACAAUCUUCACGGACACGGCCACAACUAUACGGUUGAAUUGACUGUUCGCGGACCAAUCGAUCAACGCACUGGAAUGGUGCUUAACAUAACAGAAUUAAAAGAUGCCAUCGAAACAGUCAUCAUGAAGCGUUUGGAUCACAAGAAUCUGGACAAGGAUGUUGAAUAUUUUGCCAAAAUACCAAGCACAACUGAGAAUUUGGCCGUAUAUAUUUGGGACAAUAUACGCACUCAUCUCAAGAAGCCCGAGCUUCUCUAUGAGGUGAGAAUAUUCGAGACACCAAAGAAUAUAGUAACCUAUCGUGGCCCGUAUCAAUUGAAUGGGUUAUCGAAUCCGAUUAUUAAACGCAUCGCGCGUGAUUCCUGUACCAAUAUCUCAUCCGAUUCAGACUAAAUCGGCGGAUUUCCUUAUGAAUUUUUUAUUUGGACCAAUGCUCAGUAAAGCACAACUUUUAUACUUACACUUACUGUGAAACUGCAUAUAAAUAUAUAUUUAAAUAUUAUCAAGUGAGUUAUACGAUUUUAAAUAUAUAAUAUAUAUAUAAAUAUGCAUAGCCUUCAUUACAUUCAAAUUACAAUUAUGAGAAUUAUAUGCAAUAAAUAUUGUAACAAAAACCAUUUGUGUUUCCUACAAUUUUUAUUAUGCAGAAAUAGUCAUUUUAACAGUUGCGUGAUUUAUUUAAUUAGUACAUGUUGUCCUUAUUAUAUAGUAUAUAUGUAUAUCAUUAAUAUUGCCCCUAUGUACUUUCUAAAUGGCAGCUAAAUACUUAAACACGCUAUUGAAAUGUAUUUAAUUGUUUGUUGGACAGGUAAGCUAAUUAGUUGUUCAAGUUCUGCAUAACUUAUCUCAUACGCACAUGUAUUUAGAUACAUAUAUAAAUUAUUUAUAUUGCUUAGGCAUUAGCUGUAACACUAAUAUAUAUCACGUUGUCUAUAGUAAACUCUCCAAACAAUUAACAAUACUUCCUUAGUGAACGCGCAGUU